UCCUAGAUUGUAUCCCAGUGGCAAGAAGGGUCGCAAGAAGAAAGGCAUCGGCACGCCGGCCGUCCCGUCAGCAUCAAGCACCGCCACGAUGUCCCAGAUUUCGCCACGUGUUCUGGCCAGAUCUAGGCUUACCAGCACGGCCUCGAACUUUAGCUUGGUUAUCGGCUCCGGCGCGAAGUCUGUUGUUUACAAGGGAUUUAUGGAUGACCGCGCAGUGGCGAUAAAGCUACUAUCGAAGCCAGUUAAGGAAGAAAAUUUUCAGAUAUUGCUAGACUUCUGGAGGUUAGAUCAUCCGAAUGUGGUCAAGCUGCUUGCGACUUGCAAUGAUGGCAUGCAAGCUCUUGUUUACGAGUUCGUUCCCAACAACACGCUUCGCUUCCACCUGCAGGGUGAACAAACAAAUGCGCGUCUGUUGAGUUGGGGUAUGCGAAUGAGCAUUCUACUUGGCAUAGCAAAAGGGAUCCACUACCUGCACAAUCAAGCCUGGAUGAGGGUGAUCCAUGGGAGCAUCACAAGUUCAAACGUAAUGCUGGAUUCGAAUUGGACACCGAAGUUGAGCGAUGUUGGAGUUUCACAGCUCUUAUUGAAAGACGUACCUAUGGACAGCCUCGUAGGGACAGAGUAUUUGGAUCAGGAGUUUUUCAAUGGCGGUAUAUUAACAACUGAAAGUGAUGUUUAUAGCUUCGGGAUCGUCAUCUUGGAAACAAUAUCUGGGCGAGGUCCUAGAGUGCCCAGGCCAGGACAAACAGCGGUCACGGAUUCGAUCCUGAUUUGGGUUGAAAAGCAGUUUAAUAGUGGGCAUGUGCGGGAUUUGGUGGACAGAAGGUGUCCGGACAUCGAUCAGAUAGGACAAGACACAGUGGCAGAGAUUGUAACCUUGGCAAUGCGAUGUUGCGAGAGGUCAAGGGUUCGAAGACCGAGCACUAACGUGGUCAUCGAAACACUAGAGAAGGUCCUCAAUGGAGAGUCUUAAUGCUAUUAUCUCCAAUCUUCCGUAUUAUAUUAUUAUCAACUCAAUGGAGAGUCUUAAUGCUAUUAUCUCCAAUCUUCCGUAUUAUACUAUUAUCCCAAUUGAAUGCAGCAAGAAUUUCCGCUGAAAAAAGAAAUGCUAUCCGACGACUCUGGUACACACACAUCACAAACGCAUAUAGCUACUGCUCCCACGCAUCACAAACACACAUAACGAUCUUAAGGCCAUAAUAAUUUGCACACACACAACAAACUCCUCCCUGUGCGAUUAUGAUCUUAAGGCAAUAAUAAUGCGCAGACACACAUUCAACCGCUCCCUGUGUCACUACGCGCUUAACGCAACAAUGUGGAUGGUUUAGCGUUAUGACUAUCCUGAGCCACGCAGGCUAGGGUGGCAACGGCAGGGGACGCACAUUAUGUUGCGAAGGGGAGAAGAUUGGAUCGGAAAUAGAGAGAGGUUGAGAGAAAUACAGUGAAGCUUGGCUCACAGACAGAGAGAGAGAGAGAGAGAGAGAGAGAGAGAGAGAGAGAGAGAGAGAGAGAGAGAGAGAGAGAGANAGAGAGAGACAGAGAGACAGACAGACAGACAGACAGACAGACAGGCGAACAGACAGACAGACAGACAGAAGUACAGAGAGACUGAUGGACGGAUAGACGGACGAACAGAUAGACAGGCAGGCAGGCAGGCAGGCAGGCAGGCAGGCAGACAGGCGAAUAGACAGACAGAUAGACAGGCAGACAGACAGACAGAUAGAGACAGAAAGGCAAACAAAUAGAUAGAUAGAUAGAUAGAUAGAUAGAUAGAUAGAUUAGGCAGACAGACAGACAGACAGACAGACAGACAGACAGACAGACAGACAGACAGACAGACAGACAGAGACAGUAACACAAACAAAUAGGUCGAUAGAUAGAUAGAUUAGGCCGACGGAGACACACACGCAAACAGAGACAAAAAGACAUCAGAUAGAUAGACAGACAGACAGAGACACACAGGCAAACAGACAGACAUACAGGCAUAUAGUGUGAGAAGAGUGUUACGACCACGCCAGCUCACAGGACUUCGAGACUGAGAAUACAGAUAUGCACCUAAGCUACACUGGUAGGGAAAACCCAGAAAAGAAGGGGAAAAGAAGAACAAUGACAGAGAAAGUGGGCUGAGCGGGAUUUCCUGCUUCUGUCGCCCUUUCUCUCUCCGUCUUGUCCUCUUCCUUAAAACCUUUCCCACCUAUGCUGUCACUCCCCACCCUACCGUGUCCUACCUUCUCUUCUCUCUUCCCAUCCUCUACUUCUAUCCCUACCUGGUUUAUGCCUCCUCUUCUGGCCCAUUGCCUCUUCUUUCCUCGGAACAUCACUUCUCUGCCCAUCUGUGGGUUCUGUUGCAUCACGAACUCCAGCCCUAGCGCGGCAGUUUGAUCCAGGCCAUCGGUCUGUAGCUGCACCUACUGCAGUUUCCAGUUCUCAGGCCAACCCAGCUGCUGUAGGAGUUUGCAUGUCAAUAAUUGCGGAUGUUUUUGUAAUUUUUUAAAUGUAUUUAUUUUUGAAAGUCACGGAUCUUUUUGAGAUAGACUUUCAUCCUCUGGCAUGAUCUUUUCCUUCCUGGGUUCCAGUAUAAGUGAU